GGCUGAAACCUGGCAACCAGGUGUGACACAGAGGAGGAGAAAAAAAGUCAGAGAAGAGCAGAAGAACUGAGGAGUAAAAGGAAGAGGAACAAGGAGGGAAAUGGAGGAGCAAAAAAAAGACUGGAGGAGCUGAGGUGUCAAAGGAGGAGGAGAGAAGAAGAAAAAGAGGAGAGACAAGAAAACAACCUUAAGAGUGGUGAAAAGAGGAGCAGAGAGGAAGAACAUAAAAACUGUGGAGAAAGAAGACAACUGGUGGAGCAAAGCUGAGGAGUAAAAGGAGUAACUGAAGGAGGAGAUGGAGCACAGUGUGAUCCGGCUGAGUCACUGUCAGAAGGAGAUCUUCUGUUUUUCGGUGCCGGAGGAGUGUCCGAGCUGUGGGGAGGAGUUGAGGGGGAGCAGACUGCAGGAGGCGCCGGUCAGCCUCCCCUCCCCCUUCACCAACGGACACAAGACGUCCUGCUGCCUGCUGGUCGCACCUGCACACGACAACCAGGACAGAGAGUUUGAUGGGACGUCAGAUCUGCACACUGGCAUCUCCAACACUAAAGGAGUUGUGUAUAACUACACUCGAGGGGGGGUCCGUAGAGAUCAUAGUGCGUGGGAGCGCUGUGUCAGUGUUCCUCUGGUCAGACCCGAUAUGUUCCACCUGCUGGCUCAGUGGGACCAGUACCUGGACCACUUCUCUGAUGGACCCAUGUGGGACCCCGCCUGGCACAGGUUCGAUGAGGACCACCAUAACUGCUUCAGUUUCUGUCUUCGCUUCAUUAACAGUGUCUUGGCGGCGGAGGGGCGGAGCUCGGUGAGCAGAGAGACCUUCACUCACAGUUUCAUCUUGCCAAGGAUGAGGAGGGUCUCCAAAUACACCGCGCUGUACCAACACAUCCAAAGACAUCAGUACUAUAUAACGGACAGACAGGAGGACAGACAGGAGGACAGAGCAGUCACCACCAGUGUUUGGCAGUAACACAGUACUUGGUCAUGUGUUACAGUAAUCUGAUUACUUUUUCAGUAACAGUAGUGUCAGGGAAACUCAGUAAUCACAUUACAGUUACUAAUCCCCGUAACUCGAUAUCAGUUUGGUCUCUGGGUUCAGUGGCAGACUGGUCAAGGAUCAGUGUUGAGGUGUGUGUGUGUGUGUGUGUGUGUGUGUGUGUGUGCGUGUGUGUGGUUGAAAGAUUUAAAGUUGUUUAAAUGUCCUGUAACAGCUGAGUAACUAAAGUAAAGUCAUGAGUAAUGUAAGAUGUUACAUUUGUACUGUAACGCUGAAAACCCAUUAAACAGGCUAAUUUGAGUAAAUCCUGUUUCACAAAGCAGUUUUAAACCAGUCUGACCCCAGUUACCAUGGAAACUGAUCCUGAAGAUUAACUCUGGUCCAGUUUAACAACAUUUGUAUAUUUUGGAUACAGUAUUAGUCUGGUAUGUGUGUAGGUCAGUCUGUUGGUGUUUCCAUGGCAACAGUCGAUGUUAAAAAGAUUUCUCACCCAUUUCAAAAUCAAAACAAAGAUGGCCGCCUGCACAGGAAAAGUCUUUGUCGUUCAGCAGACUGAAUAUACUUUCAUGCAGAUGUUUGAAGAGUCUUUGAGGAUCCUGGAAAUGAGAGAAAUGAGAGCAGCACACUGGAGCUAGUUGUAAACCAGUUUCAUGAAACAGACUGAUGCUGGUUCAGUUUGUUAGGCUCAUUCAAGUCUUUUUGCAAUAAGAGCUGCUUUGCUGAGCCUUUGUUAUAAAGCAGCUCGGACCUCUUGGAUCAUCACUCAUCAUCACUGACAAAAGAUACACCACUUUAAAAUGGAUGAACGCUCAGUUUUAUUUCCUUUGCUGCAGAAAACCCCCCAAAAAUAUGCUACCUGUCAAAAGUUUUAGGACAACCCCACUGUUCAAGUUUUUUCUUUUUUUCAGCUCAAGUCCAGUGAAAAGCCUUAAAUGGUACAAAGGUCAGUGGUAAACUGCCCCAGGUAAAAAAAAAAAAAUUCAGGUCACCACUCUGAUUCAUUAUCAGGUCAACACUGUGCUGCAGGAAGUAGUUACUGGUAAACUGGUGUCAGACUGGGGAGAGAAAGACAAGUAACAGAGGAAGACAGACCGGUUGGUCAGGGCUUCAUCCUACACCAAGAUAAUGACCCAGAACAUUAGAAGAACAGAACCAGACGGUGGAUUCACAUGACGGAAGACCAGCACAGUCUCCAGACCUGAACCCCAUGGAGCUGGUUUGGGAUGAACCGGACAGAAGGUGAAAGCAAAACAACCUGCAGGUGCAACACGUU